AUGGUUGUUGGGGAGAACAACUGUAGAGGCAAAAAACAAGUGAUUCUCAUGGAGCCGGCUUUGCCUAACUACAGUGGUGUCAGGCAGAGAACAUGGGGAAAGUGGGUCGUUGAGAUUCGAGAACCGAACAGAGGAAGCCGGUUUUGGCUGGGAACCUUCUCUCCCAUUCUCGAAGCUGCUCUUGCUUAUGGUGAGGCUACCAAAGCCAUGUAUGGUCGUUGUGUGAAUCUCCCAAAGGUAGAACCUAAGCCAGAGCAGUGUGAAUCGGGGAUUGACAGUCAGCCUUGUACUGCAGUGGAAGCAGCUGCGCCAGCACCAAUGAAUAUAGUUAAGCAAGAGCCGAAGGAAGAGCAGCCUAUAGAACCCAUGAAUCCUGAUCAGUUCAGAGGGUACGGAAUCACCCAAGAACCAAUAGAUUCUGGUCACUUGACUCGGUUUAGUGAGAGUGGAUGCAAUCAUUUUAAUGAUGUGCAGAACUUUUCAUUGGAAUAA